AUGAGAGCUAGUGGGUUCCCGACCCACUGCCAUGUGCCGCCCGGGCCUCCUCAAUUCGCACCGUCCGUGACGGAGUUCGGCUUUUGUGUGCAACAGCUUCUGUACGUGUACGACUACGGAACCCCAGAACCACCCCUGAGUACCCCUGGCAGCGAAAAUUGCCCUGACAGCGUGAGCAUGGGACUGAGCCGGGAUGUUCAAUUGAGCAUCGUUUCCAAUUUGCAAGUCGUUUCCCUAUCCGGCCGAAGAUUUGAUCCGACCGAGUGGUUUGGAAAGGAGAGGAGGCGUUCGUUUCCUUCUAAGACGUCUUGGGCUCCUGUCUUUGGCCUGCUUCACCUCCUGUCUGUCUCUGUCCCCACCGGCCGGCUCCCAUCGUCCGCCCUAUCGUUUGCCCUUCCAGUCCUUCUCACCCUUCUCUCUCUCUCCUUGUUCUCUUCGUCCAUCUCCAUCUUCGACCUACAGCCCGUGUAUUUCUCGUGA